AUGAACAGAGACGAAUGGGACAAAAUACUCACCUGUUUUCAGGUAAGUUUAUCGUCUUAAUUCAGGAAAAGCACGUAGUUGUGUUUUUAUUUUGGAAGGUACUCCUGAAGUUACGCAACUGACGUCAAUCAUUCAAGUCAACCGGAAAACGUUCACUUCACUGUAUUUACAACUCUCCUUUCUCUGGUAGGCACGUGUGCGUGGGUACCUGGUGAGACGUGAGGUCCGUCGUGCACGAGAAGACUUUGAAGACAUAGUGAAAGAGAUUGAUGGGAGACUGACCCAUUUAGAGUGGAGGGUGGCCUCUUGUAUCCCCACUCCCCACUUCACGGACACCGUGAGUAGCUGCUGUUGUUGUUGUUGUUGUGAAACUUGGAUUGUACCGACUCUGUGCUGUUUUCAUUCCUUUCUUCUCACAUUGGCAGGACGAUCCUUUGACACCAGCUUACAGGGCUGCCAGCAGACCUCCUGAUCCAGAGCUCAAUCCCUGUGCCAGCCCGCAGAGACAACCAUCACCAGAUGAGGAAGGUCAUCAUAUCCUGCUGGAAAAGAUAGAGGCCGAGAGAGAUGGUUCCCAAAGCAAAGGUCUGACCUUUCCUCAUGAGGACUGUUUCCCCUGCAGUGGUGUUAGAGAGGAAAGGAGGAGAUCGAGACAGACCACAGAUGGAGGAGUGAUGGAGAACACAGAGGACUCGACCACUGUGUGGAGCAGUUUGGAGCAAGAUGCUGACUCUUACAAAGGUAGUGAAUACACAAGUACUGUACAGCCCCCAAUUUAUUGUUCUUGUCUUUUUUUAAUUUCUCAUUUUUAAUUUUCAAAUUAAAGUUAGCCUAUAAAUUUAUAAUAGAGGUACAAGAUGGUGUAAGAGCUAAUAAAGUAACCUUGAAAUCGGUUGUAUGUUAAUAGUAAGAAGCCAUUUUCUAUCAAUUGUAUCUCAGAAUGCCCUUUAUUGUCAUUAUACUGAAAGUAAUGAUUUUCGGGGGUCAAGAACAAAAGUUCGUAUCCAUUUAGUACAUAUUUUACUUUUUUGAGAAAAUAAAUUUGUCGCUCGUUGCAUCAUCAGACAUUUUGAAUUUGUCAACCCUUCAACAGGUACCCAGCAGUCUGGCUCCUUGCAGGGGGUACCCCAUACUCCUGAGGCCUUGCGUCUCCAUAGGAACACUCUGACCAUGGAGCUGCUGUGGCUCCAACAGGCCAUCGACAGCAGGAAAAAGGUAAUAGAAAAGAAUCUCCUGCUGGUAGAUUUAGUUUAGUUAGUAACUCUUAAGGUAAGUAGAAGAACCAAUCAGUAAUCAGUAUAGCUAAAAGUAUGCUUGCUGGAUUUAUGAGUAUUGUAUAUCUGCAGCAUGCAUCUUAGUGUCUCAAUGAGUGCAGUCAACAAACCGACUAUAUGUCUCAUGCUAUAUCCAUCUUCUUGCCUGUUUUUCCUUUAGUUUGACCUAUGUAUUGAGGGCAUCAAUCUGCAGUGUUGUUUCCUUACAAGUUCAGCUGCCCACACACUUCAUAUUUAGGCUGUGUACCAACUGAAACUCUUUGUUUAUUUUUAACAAAAUGAACGUCUUCAUGAAUCCUGCUGCACUGCUUCUGAGAGGUACACUGUAGCUCUAGAGGGCGUAAAGGUGCCAACUAGUAAAGUUGGCACCUUUACGCGUUUACUUCUUCACUCUGUUGUUUUAUCAUACUCAAUAAUAAAAAAUACAUACAAGAACGUUAUGAUCCCAACUUAAGGAUCAAACUCUGCUGAGGAGUUUCGCUGCUACUCAUAUCGCACAAAUUCUUCAAACAGAUUUACUUGGAAAAAAAUCUAACCUAAAGUUUGUUUUUCUCUCUUGUGUUUUCUUCCCUCUGUAGUACUUGUCACUGAAGAACAGGCUGAGCAUAUCGUGA